CUUCUAUUGUUAAGCUUAAAAGCCCCCCUUCUCUCCCUUUCAAUAUUCCAAAACCAACAUACACCAAAAUCCCAAAACAAAACAAAAAACUCCCAACACAUCUCCUCUUUUAAUUUCUUUCGACUUCAUCAUCAUUAUCAUUAUCAUCAUGACCGGAAAAAAAACCCUAAAUAGCCCGGUUGAAAGCCCGUUAUCGGGCAACACAUCCGAUAACUUCUCUAAAGAACUAGACAAGUUCCUCCCUAUAGCUAAUGUUAGUAGAAUCAUGAAAAAAUCUCUCCCAGCCAACGCGAAAAUCUCCAAAGAAGCCAAAGAAACCGUUCAAGAAUGUGUGUCUGAGUUCAUUAGCUUCAUCACGGGCGAAGCAUCGGAUAAAUGUCAAAGAGAGAAGAGGAAGACCAUCAAUGGAGAUGACCUUUUAUGGGCUAUGACAACAUUAGGGUUUGAAAAUUAUGUUGGACCCUUAAAAGGUUAUCUAAAUAAGUAUAGAGAAAGUGAAGGGGAAAAAAAUAUCAUGGCUAGAAAUGAUGAAACUUCACAUGAACCAAUUAUAACUAGUACAAAUAAUAUUAUUGGUACUAGUUAUAAUGAUAAUAAUAAUAAUGUUACAAAAUUCUCAUUAGCAAGGCCUGAAUUUAUUCAGAGCUAUAAUAAUGGGAAUUUUUCACAAAAUUAUGGUGAGAAUUUGACAUCUAAAGCUAAUCUUCAUGGGGUUGAAUGGUAGUUUAUUUUUAUUUAUUUUUGAAAAAAAUAUUAUGUACUUUGUUUUCUCAACAUAUUGCAUACACCUUAUUUUUAGGUUAUGUUUGUUUUUCUUUUCUUUUUUUGUUUUUAAAUUAACAUAUUUUAUUGCUUUUAUAAAUUAGUAUAUGUGUUAAGUACUGUAGUUGGAUUUAUAGGUUUGCUGAUUAUGUAUCUUUCUGAUGUAAUGAAUGAGCUGAUUCAUCAAUGUCAUGUUAUUAUUAUUAUUAUCUAGU